UUCAAAAUGGCGGACUGAGUUGACAGACAACGUAAUUCGCUUUUUUCUCGUUAAAAUACCUCGAUCAUAUUAUUUAUUACUUGGAUAUUUUAAAAACAAUGCUUUCUGGAAGUUUCGUGGCUGCAAGAUUUCUAAGCCUUGUCGCGCAUUUCGUCAUAACCAUCACGAUCUUUUGGGCCAAAGACACCAACGUUCUGGCUUGUUUACCUCUGCAGUACACUCAAACCGAAUAUGACUCCAAAAACACCGAGCUGAUAGUUGGAUUAUCUUUAACCAUUGCUUUCUUGGUGUUGGAGUUUGGUGGAUUUAUUGGUGGGGUUUCCAUGUUCAAUAGCACAGCAACCAUGUUAUCAAUCGUCGCUCAUGCCUGUGCGGCAAUAUCAUUAUCCAUGUUCGUUAUAGACUCUUGGGACUGUGAUAAGUUUUGGUAUGUCUUUGGGUUCUGCAGUGCCUUGCCAGCAUUCAUAGAGAUCUGUGUUGUGAUAGGAGUGCUUGGAUUCAGAGCAGACAAGUAGAAAAGCAGCUUAGGUUUUAGAUAAUGUCCAUUCUGAUGUAAAUAAUGUAUAAUCUGUAAUUUAUUUUUAGGUAAAAUAAAAUGAAUUGUAGCAAUAGAGUAAAUCUAGACA